AUGAACGGGCUUCUGCUUCCCACCGGGUCUAAGCAACCCUUGAGGGGUGAUGCCUCGCUUCACAACUCCUCGCCCCCUUCCCUGGUCAAGCCAGAGAGUCCCGGCUUUUCGAGCCAUGUCAAGACCGAGACCCUGUCCCCGACUCUGACAUUGCCGUCAUCGCAUAGGUUUGGCAGCAGCCCCGGCAAAUCGUCUGCAUCGAACAUGAGGGGAUCCGCCGUUGCCAGCAGUGGCGGAAAUGGCCUGCGCAGCCCAUCGCUGUCAUCCAACGGCUCAGGUGCUGCUGCAUCGCUCGCCUUCAUCCCGCGGACAUCACGCAACUCUGCUGCAGUCCAGAAGCCCAUCCAUCUCUGCUCCGAGUUCGAGCUGGAGCAGCGACUGGAUCGCAACGAACGCAUUCUCUCGACGCUAGAGGCCACGCAGACUCCCACUGUGGAACGAAUCCGCUCCGAGACCGAAGCAAUCCGCGAUGCGAUCCUGUCUCUCCGUGCUAUGCGCGAUGUCAACGAAGGUAUCUCGUCGGUGCAGCUCCAGGAUCCUUCCAAAGAGGCCGAGCUCGAGUCUGCCCUGCUUGGUCUGUCUGUUAAAGAGAAUUCUCAUCUCGGCACCAGCCCUCCCUUCGACUCCUUCGGCUGGUCGCGCGAUACUGUUGCCGUCAAGAAGAAGUUGGCGCAGUCGUCCGGCGCCUAUCAUCCAGGUCGCAAAGUACAGGCCAUGAGCUACGAGCAGUCUCUGGCUAUUCAAACCGCUGCCCUGCUUGCCGAGCGCGAGCGCGAGCGCCGGACCGAAGAAGCGCGCAUCAAGAGCCCAGCAGUCGCGCGCGACAAACCUUCGCUAGGAGUACCUAGUGGCGCAGCCCACAAGCUAGGUCGUAAAUCCAUCUCGUCGUGCUCUGGCUCGAUGCGCAAGCAUUCGACCUCUCACUCUGUUUCACCACCCAAGGCAAUACGUGCAGGCGGCCCAUUUGCGCGCAAUCUCGAUCAAGGCCCCGAACACGAUGCGGCUCUGGAAGGAGGGGACAGCGACCAGGAUGAUGCAGGCUACUUCGGUAUGGCCUCCGACGACGAGGAAGAAGAAAAUCCGCAUCCAGGCCCGCGCCACGAGGAUGAAGGCUUCAGCUUUGGUCGCCUCGACGAAGAUGAUCCGUAG